ACGCAUUACGCAAGCGAGCGGAGUGCGGGGAAGCCAUGGCGGGGAACGUGGACCAGAUGGCAAUGGUGGGAGAGGAAGAGGAGGAGGAUAGGAGCAUCUCCAGGUCGGACAGUGGCAGUGGUGAGGAUUCCUUGGAUAGUUUGUUCUCUCGGCUACCAUUAACUCCAUCUCUUUCUCCACGGAAAAGAACAACAAGCCAAAGUAAAUCUGAGCCACCACUCCUGAGGACGAGCAAGCGCACCAUCUAUACUGCAGGGCGACCUCCCUGGUAUAAUGAGUCAGGAACCCCAUUUAAAGAAGCCUUUGUCAUUGGUUUGUGUGGAGGAAGUUCUUCAGGCAAAACCACGGUGGCUAACAAGAUCAUUGAGGCUUUGGAUGUUCCCUGGGUGGUCCUGCUAUCUAUGGAUUCCUUCUAUAAGGUCUUAAACAAGGAAGAACAAGAACUAGCUGCCAAAAGUGAAUAUAACUUUGACCAUCCUGAUGCCUUUGAUUUUGACCUAAUUAUACAUACAUUGAGGAAGCUGAAGAAAGGGAAAAGUGUGAAGGUUCCAGUUUAUGACUUCACUACACACAGCCGAAGAAAGGAUUGGAAAACGGUAUAUGGAGCAAAUGUUGUGAUCUUCGAAGGGAUUCUUUCAUUUGCCAACAAGGAACUCCUAAAGCUUUUGGAUAUGAAAGUUUUUGUGGAUACUGAUUCUGACAUUAGACUUGUCCGACGCUUAAAAAGAGAUAUAUCCGAGAGGGGUCGUGACAUUGUUGGUGUCAUCAAACAGUACAACAAGUUUGUCAAGCCUGCCUUUGAGCAGUACAUAGAGCCAACUGUACAGCUGUCAGACAUUGUAGUUCCUCGAGGUGGAGAAAACUUUGUUGCUCUUGACCUGAUUGUCCAGCAUGUCCAUAGUCAGCUUGAAAAGAGGAAACUUCGCUGGGAUAUAGCAGCCCUGGCCUCUGCCCACCAAGGGCAACCUCUGCCAGAUAAGCUAAGUGUCCUUGAAAGCACUCCACAGGUUAGAGGAUUGCACACAAUUAUCAGAAAUAAAGACACAAGUCGAGAUGAGUUCAUCUUCUAUUCAAAGAGAUUGAUGAGGUUGCUGAUUGAACACGCCCUUUCUUUCUUGCCACUUAAGCCUGUUACAGUGGAAACACCCCAAGGAGAACUGUAUGAAGGAAAGAAAUUUGGUGGAAAAAGGAUAACAGGCGUCUCCAUUCUUCGUGCUGGCGAAACAAUGGAGCAGGCACUAACAGCAGUGUGCAAGGAUAUCAGACUAGGAAAGAUUCUUAUUCAGACUAACCAUGACACAGGGGAGCCUGAGCUACAUUACCUUCGAUUACCUAAGGAUAUCAGUGAGGAUUAUGUCAUUCUGAUGGACAGUACAGUGUCAACAGGAGCUGCUGCAAUGAUGGCAGUUCGAGUCCUUCUGGAUCAUGAUGUGCAAGAAGAUAAAAUUUUUCUGCUCUCAUUGCUGAUGGCUGAAAUGGGAGUGCACUCGGUGGCUUAUGCUUUUCCUAAGGUUAACAUCAUCACCACUGCUGUAGACAAGAAAGUAAAUGAUGAAUUUCACAUUAUCCCUGGAAUAGGUAACUUUGGCGACCGAUACUUUGGCACUGAUGCACCCUCUGAUUGGUAUGAGAGUGAUGAGGGCAUGGACUACUGAGUGUCAUUCUCUAUAUCGUGAGGGACCCAAGAGAAAUUUGCUUGGAAGCAACAAGAUUGCAUUUGCUGUACAUGAACAUAAUUUAACUGUAUCUAAGAGCAAGCUGAACAUUCCUUUUCUGAAUUCAAAUGGUCAAUUAAGAUUUAUUUGGAAUAUGUUAUAAAACAGAACUUUUUUAUGUUAGAAUUUUUAGAUCAGAAUUCUUGUUUGGAAUGCCAAAUAUUUUCAAAAUUUAUCUGAUAUUUUCACAUAAAUUUGUCUUUAAUUAUAUUUAAGUCUUCAGUUACAGAGGCUUCACUUAGGAUCUCCUUCAAAAGAGGCAAUACCCUUAAUGGUGCCAGCAUCAUCCCUCUGUCCUAAAAUGUUAACGAUACUUAAUGCGACCUUUUACUCAUCUAGCUCCAUUAUGAAAAUAAUAUGGUAAAAGGAUCUGCUAUUUUUAAAAUCCUUUUUUAAUCAUUUAAUUUUUAAAAAUUUAUUACACAAAUCAUUUACAUCAGUUAACCUCUGUAAUAAAGAAAGCACUUUAGCUGGUGACCUCCCUGCUUAAUUUUCAAUUUUACACGUUAUAUGGCCUGCUAUUGUGAAUGGAGACUAUUGAUUAAGAUAAUAGUUUUUAAAAAUAUACAAUUCCCAUAGCAAUUGCAGUCGAGGAAUAAACAGAAUAAGGAGGUGAAAUUGGUUUCCCCUCUUCAUGAUUACAUUAAGUCACAAAUCAAUUUUGAAGUUGUCAACAAAUGGAAGCGUACAAAUACUGUAGGACUCUCUAGGGAGCUAGAUUCUUCAAAAUUAUACACCACAUUGUUAAAUUAUUAAGGAAAUGUUGCAUUUUCAUUCUGCCUUUCACAUCCUUGGGACGUGCCAAAGUUCUUUACAACUAGUAAACUACUUUUAAUGCAUAGCCACUGUUAUUCUGUAACUAACUUUUGCGCUUAAUAAAUUAAAUUUUGCAGAAUCUGACUUCUAAUCACUUUUAACUAUCUCAUUUUGUUUAAAGAAAAUUUAAUUCUUGUAUUCUUUAGAAAUAAGUGUAAGUCUGUCAAGACUCAACUGUACUUGAAAAUAAAUGGGACCUGAAGUGUU